CUGCCAGGCGUUCUCAAAUUGCUUGGACGGAAGUGGACGUUAGGACAGGUCUUAAUCUACCCCUCCCCAGAGAGAAAUCACUGCAGACCCCUUUGACCUGUGAAUAGCAGGAAAAAUAAUAACCCUUAUUUUCUAAUCGUAACGUACGAUCUUCACAGAAUUUUUUUUCUGUUCUUUUUUCAAUCUCCUAUAUCUAGAAGAGGAUAUUCCUCACCUCAUCUCCAGUCCCUUUUCAAAUCUUCAUCCUACCUGAUCCAUCAUGGCGGCCAGGCGUCUUCCCGAGACUUUUCGGAAACUUAUAAUUUCUAAACUUUCCACAAAUUACAGAGAGGCUGCCGAACUGUUAACGGUACCUAUGUUGAAGCCAGGGCCGGAUGAGUUACUCGUCAAAAACAGGUAGAAUAUUUAAACGAGGUGUUCACACCGUGAAGAGGUACCUCUUUCAUCCUUAGAGAGUCCCCUUCGGGAAUAUUUCCAAUUAUUUUUUCUCCGCGGUUCAUUCAAAAUAAUCUCUAGCAGCCGAUCUUUUCUGUGGGUUUUGAAUUUCUCUCGGCUUGCAGGUGUGCAAUGAGAGUUUUUGACUCGUAAGGGCGUGUGAAGUAGAUGAUCAACCCGUAACUCAAGCAUCUUUUGCACUCACGCCUCAGGCGUCAUGCACAGGGUGUAAUUGAAAAUAUCAAACAAUAUCAUACAUGUUCUAUGAAAAGCAAGGGUUGAGCUAGAUUGUUGUAACUAUCAAGUACAGCAGAUCACAGGUCCAUUGAGAUGUCCUUGGCAUGGGAUAGCUUCUGUUCCUUCGGUUCCCCUCUACCUACCCAAAAAAGAAUUGCAUACCACAAUUUAUAUCUCAUACAAGUUUGUUGAUCACAAUUGCAUCUUUUUCGGAAAACAAGGCUGCUGACCCUCCCCUGCUCUUUUGCACUCACAUACCUCACUAUCCCUGCUAAUUUGUUGCCCUCCACCCCCACCAAAUCCCUUUUAAAUAAGGAUAAUACCCUACUGCACCAUGCUCACAUGUCUUAUUACUGUGUGUGAUUUCUAUUUUGUGGUUUAUGAUUUUACAGAUAUGUUGGGAUUAAUGCCACAGAAAUAAACCAUUCUGCUGGUCGAUAUAACCCAGGGGUACCCCCACCAUUUGAUGGUGGACUAGAGGUGAGUGUACUCUAAUUUAGUUUUAAGACAGACUCAGACCUCUAACUAAUGACAGAAAUAGCUAAUAAAUUUAUUUGCCAGAUGUAGAAGGAACUAUGAAUUCUUUGUAUCACCAGCAGCUAUUAGCAAAAUAGUAAUUCAAGGUCUUGCCAAUACCUCUUCAGCCAGGCCAUGCAUUUAUUUACUAAUCAGUUUGUUACUCUUAUAAAGCUGAUCAUGCUCUCUGUGUGUAAGAUAAGCAGAACUUGUCGGAAAUUGCCAGCAAGAGGGAGGGGAAGGUAGUGGAGAUUCUCUGUUUAGCAGUGAAACUAAAAUAACCCCCCCCCACCCCAACAAUUAACAACUCCAAAUGAUGGUGGUUAGGAGAAUUUUUCAUGACUUUUUGACAAGUUCAUUAAGUUAAAACUUGAGGUGAAAAAUGUGAAUGAUCUCCCUGUUGGAGUAACAGGAAAAAUAAUUUAGAAAACAUUUGCUUCCUAUUAUAAGCUAGACAUAUUAUUAAACCAUCUCUCUCUGAUCAUAGUGGCUUAGCCCCUUAUAUCAUGAUUUUCCUUGUUCCCUACCUCUUCCUUCACUAUUGCUGAUUUCUGGGUAGUCACUACUACUACUGAUGCAAUUUUCUUUCCCAAGGGUAUUGGAGAAGUUGUGUUAACUGGUGAGAAAUGUAAAAACUUUCACCAAGGUCAGGCAGUUGGAUAUUUUCAGUUUGGAACCUUCUCAGAAUAUAUGGUAAAAAUUUUUUUGGAUUUUUUUGGAUAUCAGUCAUAAUGUAUAAGUUCCUUUAAAACUGCUUGUUACUUCUACAAGUAAUGCACUAUCUGAAUGCAUAUAUUAUUUUUAUGAAUAGUUAAAAAAAAGCUUUUGUGAACAUGAUGGAAAAAUUUUGCAGAGCCUUUUAUCCAAUUUUGUGACAUGAUUAACCUCUCAAGAGUGAAUUGAAACUAAUUACUUUGACUCUAUAUUUUUUAUAAAAGAAAAAAAAGUCGGAGAACCCUGAAAGAAUUAUUGAUAUCUGAUUUAAAUUUCUCACUUGUCGUUGCCGCCUUUUUGCACAAUAUGGCUAUUUACUUUUCACUUUUUGUGAGUAAUCUUUCAUAUAAUGAAUACUGACAUCCACCAAAUCUCUUUGCAAAUGAUUUCCUAGUUGGCCUUAAAUGUCUAGACAGGAGUUGCAUGUUCUUGAAAGAAACUGGUUUGGUGCAAAAACAAGCUGGUAAAAUAUCAAGUAGAACAUCAAUGGAAGAGCAAUACAUGUGAAUCUGCUACCAAAAUAAUAAGUUGCAACACUAAAAAAGCUGACUCAUUUGAACAUGGUUCUUCAGUCACUACCACUUUGCUACUAAUCCAACAAGAUGAUAUGAUGAAUGAUUCUCACAUGGUGAUCUUGUUGAUAUUGGUAUUCUUGCAGACCAUUUCCUCAAAACAAGCAUUUCCCCUGCCAAGAGUGGAUCCUGUAUAUGUUUCAUUACUCAUCAGUGGCCUGACUGCUGGUAUUGCUCUUGACAAGGUGCUCAGUUUUUCAAUGUAUAUCAUUUACCAUAAACAUAUUUUGCCUUACUUUGCUUGCGCCAUAAUAAUAUUUUAAAGUGAUGACAGACCAACAUUAUUUCUUCCCUCAAUUAUCCCUAUUGGGGAAGACUUGGUGGCCUGCAGUGAGUUGGACUGCAGAUCAAGAGGCACAGGUAUGAGACUUGGCCGCAUCAUUGCAUUGUGUUUUUGGGUAAGACGCUUCACUCUCAUGGUGCCUGAGCCCUCCACCCAGGAGUAUACAUGGGUAUGACCAAGCUGUCAGGAAACCCUGACAAAAGGAUGAGGGUGACUAGCUUCCUGUGAAAAGGGGGAUAAACUGUGGCUGGAGGGGGGUAGCCAGGAUUUUUCAAAGCAGGGGUCACACUGUGUCAAAUAGAGAGUACUCACCACAUUAUCAAGUCAACCUCCACACUGUGUUUUACUUAAUAUGACACAAAAAGUUUCCAAAAGGGGGUCAUGGGCACUCCAGAACCCCCCCCCCCCUUGCACUAGACUUGACUUGACACUAUUUGUACUUUUGUGAAGGGACCAGAAGUAAUCUGGAAAUUAGAAGAUCAAUUCUUGGAUGAUACUGAACAAUUUAAAAAGUCUUGUUUUAUUGCAAUAGGUUGGUGAAAUUAAAAGCAAUGAAAUAGUUCUGGUGACAGGUAAAUCUAUUUUAUUAUCAAGUUUGUUUUGAACACUAGAGUUUCAUAAACUUAACUACCUGUCAGUCCUAAUCUUAAAAAAAGAAAAUACUGGUUUCACAAUAAGAAAUGAUAGGAACUCUUGACAUCUGAGCUCUUACUUGUUAAUAUUUCUUAUUUCCUUAAACCAAUUACAGAGUAUAGUUAAAACAAAACUGACACAAUCUUGGAUAUCUAUUGACAAUCAAUUUAAAAAGUACUCUGUCUAAUGUUAGUUCCACUGUUUUCUUACAGCGGCUGCAGGAGGAACUGGUCAGUUUGCGGUAUGUUGUAUCAAACAAUUACCUGAGCUUGGGAUGUUGAGAGUUUUUGGGCCUUGCACCCACUACAAAUUUUUUGUUAUGGAGUUUAGUUUAUUAUGUUUCAACAAUGAUAAACCUUGAAUUCAAUAAAAGGGUUAUGAAGUUGCAUUUUUAUUACGAUGUCUAUCAAUCAUGAGUUCCCAAUUUUGGGAGAAAACUUCUUGUAAUUUAACUGCAACCUUCAAUUAAAAAGGGUUCAUUACGAUGUCUAUCCAAUCAUAACAAAACUGAGAAAAGAAAAGAUCGAUAAGAUAAGGGUCAGGUAAAAUAAGAAAUGAAUGAAAACUUGAAAUCCAGGAACUCACAGAGUUACAAACAUUCGGAGUUGGGUAGGAGUUGGAACGAGCUCAGCAUGUGGGACAUUUCAUUUUUUGUUACACAAAUACUUUUGAUAUGUUAAUUUUCAAAGGUCCAACUUGCAAAGUUGGCGGGAUGUCACGUGAUUGGCACAUGCUCGACAGAUGCCAAAGGAAAUUUUUUAAAGGUUGGUUGGCUUAACCCUUUACACCCAACUUUAACAUUGAUAUGCAUGUUCUCCACACUGUUCUUCAUACAUUUCCUAUAAUACUGACAAGGAGAAUUUGACUUACAAUCAAGAGCUUCUUCAGUUUGUGAUCAUUUCCUUUAUUCUCAUGACCAUUAUGUGUGAUUCAGGGGUGAUAAGUGACGCAAGGUCACUGCCAUUAUGCACCUGAUUUUUUAAUGUUUGGAUAGGGUAAAACUUUGGAAGUUUUUCUGGCAGCAUGUUGCAUGACUGAAUACCUUAACCCUUUCACUCCCAAGACUGAUCUAAUUAGUAAUUCUCCUUACUAUCUGCCAUACAAUUCUUAUGAUGUUAGUUCAGAGAAUUUGGUAUUGGAUCAACUAAUAAUCCCAUAAUUGAUAUUCUUCUCUAUUCUCAUCACCUACCUGCUUGAUAUUGUAUUGAUAUUGUAAGGAGAAAUUCUGUCUUGGUCACUUGUGGGAGUGAAAGGGUUAAGGGCUGAAUCUGGGCAAAGUGAACUCACUUCUUCGUAGGGUGUUAAAAGAACAGUCAACUGUGGAGAAAGCAAGUGUCUUUAACCACGGCAAAAUGAGUGCACAUCUCGCGUCAGCAAUAUCGCGCGCGCAAAAGAUUGAGAUCAACAUUCUUCCUUCAAAAACAGCUAAUGAAAGAUGGCAUUAUAUAAUUUGUUCUAGUUUGCAAAGAUAAAACCGAAACCCUAUAAUAGUGAUUCAUUGUGAUUACUGCGAUGUUUUAUUUAGCCUUAUUUUUUAAUUGCAGUCUCUUGGAUGCGAUCGACCAGUAAACUACAAGACAGAGAAAUUAGAUGAAGUCUUAAAGAAGGAAUUCCCGGUAAGAGCAGAGAAGUAAACAAUUUUUGGGGGGCAGGGGAGACUGAGUUGUCAGGCCGAGUACCACCGCUUGUUUUCUGAAUGGUCUGAAACAAAAAGUUUUCCCAACUUCCUCCACUCCUGUUUUGUUAUUGUUGUUGUUGUUGUUGUAGAAUGUCCUGGGGGACGUUUCGCCCUUCAUCAACAGGCAACCUACAGACACAAGACUCAGGACAUGAGACAUUCAUUUCCAUGAUCCGUAAGAGUGGCGGUGUCUAUCAUUUUCUCUCGGUAGAUUCCUACUUAAAAUUUAUAAGUGGCAAUUGAAGGAAUGAAGGAAGUAUCACCGAGACAUGUUAAUAGUUUCUGUGAGUUUUGUUUUGUUCUAAAGUGACAAUGCAGAAUUUAUUUUGGGGUUUCUUUUCCAGAAUGGUGUUGAUGUAGUGUACGAAUCCAUCGGGGGAGAAAUUUUUGACAUUUGUGUCAACAGGUAAGAACUGACUUUGACUGAAAUAAAACUUAAAUUAUAUUUAAGCAAUUUGACGGUUUGAUUAAAAGAGGGCUCUGUCAAACAGAAUUGGUACAAAAAAAUGAUCCAAAAUUUCAGCCAGGGGAAUUUAUCGAGAAGUGAGAUUAUUCCUUAAAUUUUGGUUCCAGACCCUCGCCAAAAUGCACAAACAGGACCGAGUAGUUCGACAUGCGACGAUCACUAUUUUAGAUUAGCCACUAUAACAGUUAGCUUGUUGCAUGUUUAGCACAGGCCCGUUGAGUUUUCCGAGAAUACCACCUUGGUUUAGUGUUAACCGGGUUUCAAAGUCCCAUGUUUUAACAAUAUGAGGAACGUUGCCAUCGUUAAUGCGUCGACAAGAGGUUUUUAAACAAUAUUACUGGUCAACACUGAUUAACGUAUCAUUUUGUAAUUUAAGGACAUGAUCUUAGUUAAGUUUCCUUCUCCCUUUUUAGGCUGGCUAAGAAGGGUCGCUUGGUAACAAUUGGUUUCAUUACCGGUUACCAGUCCAAGUUAGGAUUCACCCCGGUCAAAAACGCAACUCUUGUUCCAAAGGUAUUGUGCAAUAAUGCGAUGCAGCACUCCUUUCAGAGACAGACAUAUCGAAAAUUAUGACGGGGGAUGGAAUAAGAAAAUCUCAGGCAGCCGGAAUUUUGUUCUUUUCUUGAAAUCACUGUAUUGGGUGUUAAAGGUUCUAAAACGAUCAAUUCAAAAAACGCUGAUACAAAAUUUUCUUGAUAUUCUUGAGACAAUCAUAAGCAUGAAUGGCUUUCACUUACACUGGAAUACGCCAUCAAUGAGGCUUGUUGUGUAAGUCUACCUAAAUGUCCAGUUCAAAGAGCAAGUACCCCUAAUUUAAUUUUCAAAACUAGACCACAGGCAGUCCAAGCUCGAUCUACUAGUAAAUCUGUAUUAAAUUAUUCAGGCACAACGGUAGAAAUAUAGUAUUUAUAUAAGGAUUGUUUGUGGAAACCAAAAAUAUUAGGGAUUCGAUUUCGACAAUAGUCGUGUGUGUCUGUUUGUCUCCGUGUGGUUUUUGAGUCGAUUCCUGGCGAUUUAAGCGUGCGUUUUUCCUGUAUGUAUAUAUUUCACAAAAACACACACAAGACAAACGAACUUAGGACUGAAGCGAGGUAAGCUUGUUAUUUUUGAUGUUGAAUUCCCUGAUAUUUUUUUUCCUUUUUUUAACACACCUCUCACGGAAGCCCUUGCAAUUCUACCCUUGUGUGUUAACUACACAAUGCAGGUAAAACUCGCAUAUCGAGCUUGGGUAACCUGUGAUCCGACAUGUGCUGAUUCUUCGCCUCUGUGUAUUUUAUUUUGCUUCUCGUAUCUUCAGCUGUUAUCCAAAUCGGCGAGUGUCCGUGGUUUCUUGUUAUUUCACUAUGCUGAGGAGUUUAAAUCAACUCUGGCUAAACUUGUGGACUUGUACGACAGCGGGAAGUUAAAGUGUCACAUUGACGUUGGACAUUCAUCGCCAACAGGAGUCUUCAAAGGUCUGGAUUCAAUACCGGAUGCGGUCGAGGUAAGGAUUAAAAUGAAUAUCCUGGGAAUCAGAGAAUUGAUUUUUAUAGUUAGGGACCGGUAAAUAAGUUAUCGCAUAGCUUCAAAGCUCGGGAGGUGGGUGGGGGUCCGCAGGGUUUUGAUUGUUUAACAAUAAAAUUUACCCGAUCCUCCAAAAGGGCUCUGUAAUAUUCUUAUGCCCUUGGGGCAGUUAAUUGGCUGUCUAUUUGUAUUUUUCCCCGGUUAUACUCUGUUGGCGACGACUGAUCCCCUGUCCAUUCCCUUUUGUGACCCCCCUCCAAAAGCCUCCGUUUCCUCCCCGGAUAAAUAAUGACUUGUCCCUCAACCCUUUAACUCCUAUGAGUUACGAAAACAGAAUUUCAAGCAAACAAGUGAUGAGAAGAAAGAGAAGUAUCAAUUAUGGGAUUAUCAGUUGAUCCAGUAACAAAUUCUCAGAACUAAAAUCAUACAAACUGCACAGCAGUUAGUAAAGAGAAUUACUGAUGAGAUCUUGGGAGUUAAAAGUUUAAUUGUGACCCACCUACCAAACUGGUUUAUUCAAAGAGAGGUAGAGCAUUUUUUCAGGAAUUUUCUCAAAGUAAAGGUUCCAUCCGAAUAGAGAACUAUAAUCCAUGAAUUGAAAAUAUGGUCCGGGUCGGGUGGGAAAGAAUAGUGAUUGUAGGCGCCGUUAGUAACAUAUCCGCCUUGGUUCAUUUUUUGUUGGGGUGGCGAGCACUUCAGGUGCUGAGCACAUUCGGGUGACGAUCAUCCUUUGGGUGCCGAGCACUAUUGGGUGGCGAUCUCUCUCAGAAGCCGAGCACCUUCAGAUGCUUAGCUCCCUAUAGUCUUUUAGUAAUAUGAACGAAUUCCACAGGAAUAAAUCAGUGAAGUGGAUAAGCGCUACAUGUAAGAUUAUUGCUUCUAUCUCGCUUUGGUAACGCAUGAUCCAAUUUUCGUUUCUCGCCAGUAUUUGCACAGUGGGAAAAGUUCAGGCAAAGUUGUGGUGGAGAUACCAGAUAACCCAAAAAGCCUUCUGUGAAGAAAACAAAAUAGUUUAAGCCGGACAAUUCUUGAGGCCGCGGUAA